CAUCUGUUUGUCAAAAGUGGCAGGAGACAAGUCCUCCAUACUCUAUAGAGAAACAAACGACGUUCAAAUUGAAAAACAAAGUCACCACCAUGGCCGCCACCGCCACCGCCACCAUCGGCAGACACGAAGAGCCACCACCUAAUCUAACCGACACCGAAAUAAUAAACCUAGCCCAUCAAAACCAACUUCAUCCUUACCUUCUAUCUACAUCUUCACAUGCUACUCUGCUCUCCUACAUCCAAACUCGCUUGCGUUCUCCCACUUCAUCCGUCGCCGUAUCAGAGUAUAUACUAUCUCUCCUUUCGCUCAUUUCUCUGUCUCCUCGUGACCUUUCUCUCUCUUCCCUUCUCUCUUCUCUCCUCUCCACAUACACUAACCUUUUCCUUUCCUUCCAAAUUCCUCACGAUUCCAAUUCCCUUAAAACAACCAAUUUUUUCACCACUUUAUUAAACUAUGUUGUUAUCGAAGAUCUCGAGUCUAUCGUCGACUCGAUUGUAACCGAUUUGUCAAAAUUAGUGGAUUCUGAAGAUACCCAAAUACUUGAUAUUCUUCCGGGUUGUUUUAGCUGCUUAUGUGGCGAGAAAGGAAAAGAAUGUGUGAAUUUGAUUUUUGAAAGGAUAAUUGAGAGCGAAUGGUCAAAAGUCUUGUUGGUGAAAAUGGUUUUUCUUGCAAGGGAAUUGCAGGGAUUUAUUGACAAAGUGAGAGCGAGGGAGUUUUUGGAGAAGGUGUUCAGUGGAAUGAAGAAUGUGGAUUUACAGGACUUGCCUUCGCUUGCAUAUCAAUUGUUGGUUUUGGCGUCCAAGGGUUUUAAUAAGAGGGAUGUGGUUGAAGGAAUUGUGAGGUUCUUUGGGUCUGAAUUGGGACCGAAAGCCAGUUCCACUGUUAGGCAAGUCGAAGGGACUGUUUUGCUUCAUGUUAAUUUUGCGGUGAAGCAGGAUCCUUCUUUGGGGCAGGAGUUUAUAGGUCUUGUUAAAUUGGAUACAAGGGCUCUUAAUCAUUUCGCCGUGGCUGUUUUAUUUUCUGUUGCAAGGAUAAGGAGGUUCACUGAGAGCUCUACAGGGAUUUUGAAAACUGCAGUGCUCACUGCAUAUGGUGAUUACAAGUUUUCCAGGGACUGUCUGUGGUUACCAGAUGAUUUAAAGAAAGAGUAUAUGCAAAAUGUCCAAACAGUGGAGAAAGCUAUAUUGAAAGUUGUUAGUUGCUUUUGCCACAUAUUUAUCAGUUGGCAUGCUUAUAUUUGGACAUUUAAGUGCAAUAUAGUUGGGAUGUUUCACGCUUUUCUAUAUUUUAUUUCUCUUCAGGCUAAUGAAAGCAACUGUGGAAGCGAGCAUAUUGCUCCUACCAUUGUACAGUUUGGCUUUUUGUUGCUAGAGUCAUUGGAUGCGGGAAUCUGUGGAGACCUCUGCAAUUUUGAUGGUAUUUUGGGAGUUGAGAAUCUUAGUGUUCAGCUGCUGAAAACUCUAUUUGAGGUCCAUGAUAUGGCAAGAAAUGAGAUUAUUGAGCAAUGCAAGUUUCGCAUCCUUUCUUUGAAGCCAGAAAAAGGCAUACUGAUCACACGACUGCUCUGUUGUCUGGUUCAAAGUUAUCCUUGCCCAAUGUUGGAACAUGUUUCUCGCCUGAAGGAAUUAUUGGAUUAUUUCACUUUCAUGCAUGGAAAUAUUGCCUCUUGUCUUGUUGCUGCUCUAGUGCCUCUCAUCAAACUUAACCGUGAUCUUCGGGACUAUACCAUUUUGGUUGUUCGUAAGGCCAUGUUCAGACGAGAAGAUGCAGUUCGUCUUGCAGCAACCAAUGCUAUUAUAAACGUUAUAUUGGCAGAAAAGCAAUCCAAGAGAGACGGCUUCUUUUCUUUUCGAGACUCAUCGAGCCAAGCAAGUUGCAGUCAGCAAGCUGAAAUACCUUGCGGCUUUGGUGGAGAUCUUUUUCUAGAGCUGAGUGGUCUACUGCAAAGAUGUCUUUAUCACCAGACAAGAGUGCGGGAAGCCAUUUAUCAUGGUCUUUUGAAGCUUGUCUUGGUGGAUCCAGCAUGUGGGAAAGCUGUAUUUGAUUUUCUCUUGCCUCACUUCCUUCGUUUUUUCAAGGAGGAUGAUGAUGUUCAAUGUGGAAUUAGUAACUGUGUCAAAUCAGAGGGUGGCAAAGCUGGCAUUGAAGAGCCUCUAGAUUGCUUUCUAUCCUGCGUUUCUUGGAUCCUACUUCUUCAACCGCAUGAUAAAACUGAUCAUCUAGAUUCCCCAUGGGCAUGUUUUGGAUUCUCCCUAUCUCAAGAGAAUGAGGUAGGAAGAAAUAUGUCUGGCGAGUCGUUCUCCAAGGCUCUGGUGAAGAUUCGGAAUUUUCUAAGGAAGGGAAACUUUGAAGAUAUUCUUAGUCCCACUCAGGGUUCUGGUUCUACAUCUGUAGAAGAGAGAGGAAAAUGCUGUGCAUUGGUUUUAUCAGGCAUUAUUGAAGUUGUAUUGAAUACUAUUGCCACUGAGUUGGAGAAAGCGACAGCUUUGAAGAGGGUAGAUCUUGAAAAGGAAAUUCUUGAUUUAGUUAACUUUCAUGAAUCGCUAGAAAAGUAUAGAUGUGCAAGGCAAAGCUGUGGUCUCAAAAGAGGUAAUCUACGGAUGACUGCUGUUGAUAUGCCGGCUAAUAUUUCUUUCGGCAACAACCGAUUGACUCAAGAACGUAUUCCUUUCUUGGCAACUUCAAGUCUCUGCCAGCUAAUGAAAACAGCACUGAGUGUAUGCAAUGAUGAUUGCUCUAAAAGUUCUGCAGCUUCUCAGAACCAUAGCAAGUUGUCCUCGAGGGAGACAUUGAAAUAUGUUAAGAUUAUUUCUUUUGUCUUGAAUAGUUCUCUCCGUCACCUAAGGUCUUAUCCCACUGGAGGAAAAGAAGAUCCGUUAAAGACUUUAAUUUAUGGGGAAAUCAAAUCAAUGGGAUUGCCUUUGCUGAAACUAAUUUGCUUGUUUAUAAAGUUUGCAAAAGAUCAGAAAAAAGAAAUGAAGGGAAAGAAAGAUUUUGAGGACAGAAAGGAGCAUUUAUAUCCAGCCUUAUUGUGUUUGAAAGAACUUACUAUAAUUAGUGUGAAGAAUUCACAGUCAACUGGUUUGCUUGAAGAUUUGUUAUCCGUCUCUACCCUCAAUCAUGAAUUGGAUGAAGAAUAUGAAGAAGCUUCCAGGAUUGAUGAUCAACAGACAAGAAUCAAAGUCUUAUUCAUUAUCAAAAUUCUUAGGCCACUGUUCACUGAGCUACUUGGACAUUCAUCUUAUCAUGAAAUUGAGAUUCUCUGUGAAAUGAUGUUGAUGGUCGGUGAAAAAUUGCCCUCAAAAUGGAGAAGUUCUAGUGCAUCUUGGGGCAUUCAUGUCUGCAAAAGCAAUGGCAUAAGGAAUUCCAAGGUUGCAAGAAGUGUCGCAGAACUUGCUGUCUCUUUAAGCUCUCCUCCAGAUGAUUUAAUUGUGGCUCAACAUAUGGCUAAGGAGCUACUACAAGUCACGGGAUUCAUUGGAUUGGAGAACAACAACCCUCCAGAGAUGUCUGAAUCAUACCCGAUCAUAAAUCGGUCAACAACAACUACUAUAAGUGCAUGCAUACUGAAAUCAAUUGAAGCAGUCAUCACUGAGAUGGAUUGGACCAUUAAAAAACUAAAGACAUUCUCUAUGGUUAUGCACAAAAGCAUUCAUCUCAGUCAGAAUGGGGAACAUGCUUCUGGAUUCCCAGUUGAUGAAAAUCUCUACGCAAGGGCUGAAGCAGCGGUUAAAGUGCUGUCUUCCUUUGUUCUAAUGAGACUCAAGGACCCUCAAGCAGAACAUCUACUGAGGUUGAUUGCGAAGUUUUACAAGCAUUUGGCUCAGAUUUCAAGGCUCAGAAUUGCUCCUAGGGGAUGCAAACAACUGAUACCUAGUCCAACAUUCCAGAGGCUUGUGGAAAUAACCUGCAAGCAGCUGACAGUUCCUCUUUAUACAUUUGUUGCGGAAUUGCAAAAAGAACAACAAGAAAAUCGUAAGACUAAGGGUAUUAUCAACAAGAUCAAGAGGGAGAAUAAAUGUAUUCCUGAUCUGAUUUUUCAGAUAGAGGAUUAUGAGAAGUAUCUUAUCCGGCUCAGCAAGGCAUGCAAAGUCAAUUUACUGAAGCAUGCUAAGCGUAGCACCUCCAGGGAUUUCAGAAUAUUAGAUCCCAGGAAAGAGGAAGAAGACGCUGCAGAUCACGAAGAAAGCCAGGAUGCAAAUGCGGACAGAUCAAACGAAGAUUCCGAAGACAAUGAAGGCGAUGAAUCAGAUAAAGGUUUGUCACCUCCAAUGAAUAGUCCUGAAGCUGCACAGGAAUCUGAUGAUGAAGAUGCAUGCGCUUUUCCCAAUGGAAAAAGAAUAAAGAGUGAUAGAGUUGUGCAGGACUCCGAUGAUGAGACAUAGACAUUGAAGAUUGCUUUCAUAUACUCAUGGCCACUUCAGGCACGAAAACAAUCCUAGUGAGUAUGCAUAAUGAGCUGAUCGCAUUUUCGAAGAAUCAUUAUGCACUUCCAAGUUCCAACUGCUAAUGAUGAAGCACCGGUCGGUAACGGCCGUAAGCUCGAUGAUGCAUAAACAGGUUUGGCUAAUCAAGCAACAACGAAUGAUAUGAGGCCGAGAAGUACCACCAUCAGUCUAAGUACUUAAUGCACUUCUCUCUGCUUCUCCUGGAAAAUGACGCUAAACAUGCAGAUGAUGAUACAGACAAGAUGCCUUUUACUUUGUUGCGUGGAAGAAAAAGUAAAAAAAAAAAAAAUUUGAAAGUGUGAUAAUGGAGAUUUUAUGAUAUUUAUUGUAAAUUCUUUAUCUGGUUUACAUUUGCUGUGUUUAUUUGGUUAGUUUUUCAUGUUUUUG